CAAAUGAAAGAGUUGGAGGUUAAACCAUCGAUUAUUUCUAAGAUUACAAAACAAAUAGUCCAGAAACAACAGCAAACCCAGGAGUUUGCAAAAGAGGAGGACAAGGGAAAUGUCUUUAACUUUACAACACCAGUAACAAUUCUAAAAGAAACGGAAAUCUACCAACUUCAAGCUGAGAUUACUAUUUCGGAAUAUGAUGAUUGGGAGAUAAACAACAACUUUAG